AUGGAACUACGGCGCAGGAAUCUUCCUGUUCCUGGCCAAACAUAUGGAGAGGUUCCUUAUUAUGAGUUGAAGGAUGGUAAAACUAAAAGAGCAGUGGAGGCUUUGGGGUUCAGACACUGGCUCCUGCUUCUUUGUUGUUUCGGCAUUAUAUAUGGCGGUGUUGUUUACCUACACAGGAAAAUGCCUUCUGUUAUCGAAGCCGAUAACUUCCAAGAAUUCAGUGAAGCUAGAGCUAGAGUUUUUCUCAAAAGUUUAUCUGGGCUGGGUCCCAGACCCAGUGGUUCUGAAAAUCUAGAAGUUAAAGCGUUCAAUAUUGUUACAGCGAGCUUAGAUACCAUUCGCAAAACGUUUGAACAAGUUGGCACGAACCGAUUCGAACUUGAUGUUCAACGACCAACAGGAUGUUUUGAUCUCAAAUUUCUGAGUAGUUUUACACUUUGCUAUCAUAAAGUGACAAAUAUAGUUGUCAGAAUCGGUCCCAAGCAACCUUCUGAUCAUGCUCUGAUGUUAAACUGUCAUUUCGACACGAUGCCCGAUACUCCAGGAGCAACUGACGAUGCUGUUUCAUGCGCCAUCUUGAUGGAUGUCUUGAGAGUUUUUUCACACUCGAAAAAGGUGCUCCAGCAUGAUAUUGUUUUCUUGUUUAAUGGAGCGGAAGAAAACUUCUUGCAAGGAGCUCACGGCUUCAUCGAGCAACAUCCCUGGCGCCACACUAUUAGAGCUUUCUUGAACCUUGAAGGAACUGGUUCAGGUGGACGUGAAAUUUUGUUUCAAGCUGGACCCGGCAAUUCAUGGCUCCUUCAAACCUAUCUAGAGGCAGCACCUCACCCUUUCUGCAGUGUGCUCGCGCAAGAGAUCUUCCAAUCUGGAAUUAUUCCUUCCGAUACCGACUUCCGAAUUUUCCGAGACUACGGUAGAAUUUCUGGUUUGGAUAUCGCUUACACAAAGAAUGGAUGGGUUUAUCAUACUGAGUUCGAUGAGGAAUGGCGAAUCGAAAGUGGAGCUAUACAAAGGGCUGGGGACAAUGUUCUUGCUGUAACUAAGGCUAUUCUGAAAAGUCCAUAUUUGGCUCAACCGGCAACAUUUGAUGAAGCGAACAAAUGGGUGUUCUACGAUGUCGUUGGCCUCUUCACUGUAUAUUAUUCUGUAACUACAGGACAGUUUUUGAACUACGGUGGAUGUCUGCUAGUUCUACUUCUCGUCCUUUACCGCACAAAACGCGGAUACUACUCAUUUUAUGAUAUGAGACAAGCUUUCUAUCAUCAUCUUGUUGCGUUGUGGGCAAUGGCUGCAACUAUGCUAGCAAUCAUGGUAGCCGUCACUAUUUUAGACCUCGUCAUGUGCUGGUACAAAAUGCCUGAAUUGGUUGGGCUUCUUUAUGUUCUUCCAGUUCUAACAGCAGGAAUUGUUGUUCACUCUUACUAUGCGGAUAACAACAAAAUGCACAACGCGGAAAUGACACAGUAUGACAGUAUUCUUGUUUCGUUUGCUGCUAUACUUGGAUUGAUGACUUAUUUCAACUUGGCAUCGUCGUUCUUUGUUUUCAACUACCUUCUUUUCCCUCUUCUAAAAGACCCACUGAUCUACCUUCUUGGCGCUUUGGGUGCUGUUAAGAGAGUGACUCCGAAGGUGCUCCUGUACUCACAACUCUUCUGCUUCAUUCCUGUUAUUGUCUUUGCUGUAUAUGCUAUCAGUCAGUGUGUGGAUUUCUUCGUACCUGUUAUGGGACGUUUGGGGGAUGCGGUUAAUCCAGAAUUUGUGAUGGGACCUAUUGGAUUGGUCAUAGCAUCAAGCUUGGUACUCUUUGUGAAUAACCUUUUUUACAUCUCUCGCCGAAUGAACUAUGUUGCACGCAUGUUCAUUGCCAUUUUCAUUUUCUUCGUGGUUGUUCUGCUGACGACUCGCCUUGGUGUUCCUUAUGAAUAUUCCCAUGAGAACCCUCGUCUUCGUAGAAUUAUAGCUUUGCACACCAACCGAACGAUUUAUGAUUAUGAUGGUCAAAUCGUGCAAAAGGACAAUGCAUUGUUUGUACAAAGUUUGGAUUACCGUAACACUAUUGAUUUACCAUCUCAUUCCUUCUUACAAUCAAACACUGUUCCAAACUGCACAGGAAUCGUUGACGAAUACUGCCGACUUCCUUACUAUACUGCUAUUCAUGAACUUUUCCCUCCAAGCAAGUCUUUCUGGGUUCCUGUUCCUAAUCAUGCUAUAAUUCCUUACCCCAUCGAUCUGAAGCUAGUAGAGAAAGUUCCUGUCGGAAAUAAUUAUUUGAACGUUUCUUUCGAACUACGUGGUGGAUAUGAUAAGAUGUCUUUGCACGUCACUCCCUUGAGUGGAUACACAUUUGCCAAAUGGUCUUUCACUGAUAUUGACUUGGAUGAAUUCGGAAGACGAACCACAUACUUUGUUUUCCUCACUUAUGGAGCCGAAAAGCCAGAUGUCAGACGGUUCUGGAUCCUUCUGGAGAACGAGAGUGGUAUCCCUGGCGAUCCAUCUGUAACCAGGAAUGUAGAGAUGGCUGUUGCUUCUCAUCAUGCUCAUGGUAAACAUCAAGACUCCGAUACAAUAAAGCAACUUCGACAAGUAAUUGCUGCUCGUCGAAAAACACCUGGCGCUUCUGUUAAUUGGUGGAAGUGGGGUAUAACCAUGAUCGGUGGCGUUUCAGAGAUAGUCGUUCAUACUUUUUAA